UUUUAUGGUUUAUACCUUCGCAUAGUGAUCAAUCAGCUAUCGCUGGACGAUGUUGAAAAACAUUACAUGUCUCUUGUGCCACGGGCAGUGCCAAUAACCAGUAAUUUGGCUAUGGUUAUGCUUCGGCGUCUUCAGGUAUGA